GCAGCCACAAGCUCUGGCCCUUCACGAACUACUACGUCAAGAAAGUGGACGAUAUCGGGUGCAUGUUAACCAGUGUAUUAAUCCGCUGCAGCCUCAGUCAUACGCAGGUUCCCGAGCUCGUUGGAUGCUGCCGUGAGUGUCGUUCACCAACGGACGGUGUUGGACACAAGACAGUACGCUCAAAAGCAGUUGCUUACGGGUAAGGAUCUGGCAGACAGCUAGCUAGCUGCUGUGCAAACCUCGCACCGGUAACCGGUGUGACUGAUGGUAGUCGGUCCUGUCGCUGAUUGUACCGUACAAAGCGGAUGGGCCCCAUGCCCCAUAAGCGACGAUGGCUAAUGUGUGGAAAAUCACUCCAACCAACGCGGGUGGUUCGUUGAGCAGUUUGCGCGCGUGACAGAUGAUGCCUUGCUGUGUCGGUUGCGGAAGCCAGCAAGCCAGCGUAUGCGGUCCGUGUGCGGUCCAGUGUAACCAAGUUUGGGCGUUCUGCUUCCGCGUGUAGCACUCUGGCGAAGGAAAAUGUGUCUUGCAAGAUAUUUGCUACCCAUCGUACGUACGUGCAGUGAAAAGCGACGCUCCCGGUGCGUAAGUGCGUGGUGGUAAACGGCAGGGAGGCUUUUUCGGCGAAGGUGACAUAAUUCGUUGGUUGAGCACAACUGUGAGUAGAAAGUGUGUAAGUGGGUUUUCUUGUGUGUGUGUUUCGGGGUGAAUGUGGUUCUUUUUCCUAUGGCGCUUAAAGUUGUGUAAAAUGUGCGCUAUAUUUAAUACCAGCUGGUUCUACUUGGCUUAAAAAGAGACAUUAAACAAUCGUACAAAAAAGUGUCCUAGUGUGAAUUUUACCAGCGUUCUAAGUGCUGUUGAUUGCCCGUGCAGCUAAGGAAGGAUGCUGUGUUGAAGGAAGUGAACGUGUAAAGAAAGAAAAUAGCCACUAAACGGUUUCGGGUAGGAAAGUUGUUGCACUCGAAGCAAUCAGCAGUGUUGGUCCCCGGUGGUGCACACAAGAACAACUCAGACAACGGGCGGGAUAAAGCAAAUAAUGUUGCCGCUGUAAUGGAUCUGAAGGCUGGUAAACAUCUAGUAGCACCAGCGAUAAAUAAUAUCAGUUGCACCCACAACCGGUUCGCCGGCCACUUCUUCCACCAGAUCGGCCCGUUCGAUGUGCUGCAGGCACUGUUUAUCGUGCUGCUAACGUUUCUGGUUAUCAGCGCGAAUCUGAUGGUGAUACUGGUAAUCAACAGCCGCCGCUAUGCCGCCUACAUCCAUCCACAGCCCCGCUACCUGCUGACGUCGCUGGCCCUCAACGAUCUGGCCAUUGGGCUGCUGAUCAUACCGUUCAGCGCCCUACCUGCCUUACUACACUGCUGGCCUUACGGGGAAAUCUUCUGCCAAAUUCAGGCACUACUACGAGGAGCUUUAUCACAACAAAGUGCUGUUAUAUUGGUGUGCAUGGCAGUCGACCGCUAUCUGUGCGUGCUACAUCCACGGAUAUAUCAUAAGCGAUCCAGUAAAAAGGGCUGUGUUGCGGUUUUAAGCGUUACGUGGAUAUUAUGUUUAACCUGCUAUGGAAUGUUGGUGCUUCCCAAAGGUUAUUACUUCAACAAAACGGGCCUGUUGGCAUGCGAGCCGUUCUACAGUAAAUCAUCCUACCGGAUCCUGUCCAGCUGUGCGCUCUACUUUCCCACCACCAUGGUCCUGAUGUACUGCUACGGCUCAAGUUUCCACGCGAAUCGAUACCGUCUGGCGACACCGAGUGCUGCAUCGCUGUCGCUGAACGUGUCGAACGGGUGCGGCAAUGGUGGGGCCGCCGGCGCCGGACCGGUCCGCCUGCAGGACACUGCCGAGGGCCGGCGGGAAGCGGACCCGGCCGCCACCACGCUGACGGCUAAUGGUUCCGGUCUGGAGCAUCACUCCUGCGACGGGAAUACGCUAACGGGCAUCACCGCCAUCACACCGAUGUCGGUCUCCUUCUCCGAGAAGCCUCAGUUUGCAACGGAGGAGGAGGACGACCCACAGAUACAUGGUUCGACGUCGCGAACUAUGGCAGCAAUAUCAUUAGGUUUUAUAGUCAUAGUCACCCCCUGGACGAUACUGGAGAUAGUGGCCACGUGCACCGGCUCAAAGAUACCACCAGCGAUUGAUUUCUGCGUCACUUGGAUAGCUUUAAGUACUAGUUUUUGGAACCCUUUUAUAUACUGGCUGUUGAAUGCGAGAUUUCGAAAGAUUUGCAAAGACCUCUUAACGUCAAAGUGCACCGGAAGCAGAAGUUCGUUGGAGGAAAAAUGUAGCAUAAGUCUAGAGUAUGACCAUCAGCUAACAUCACUGCCAUUGCCGCCGGGACCACCGCCGGCCACAAUCUGCCGGUCGGCCAACCAGACGCCCCGCCGGGACGUCGAGUGUUCGGAAAAGUAUUGGGGCGACAUUCUCGAGCGUACCUUCAGUACCGGCAGCAUCAACACGCUGCACCGCCUGGGCAACAGUUCGCUGCCGUACGUGAACCGAGCGCCGGCCACCCAGCUGGCAGCGGUGCAGUAUCGCUGCGAAGCCCAUCAGCACCUGAUGCGAAACGCGAGCAGUACGAGCAUCGGCCGGGAGCGCCACGGGACGGCCGGCCCGCACUACAAGGACGGUGCAAACAAGGACGGGUCCGACUUUGGCGUACUGUACGCGCCCGGUUCGGAUCCGCAGGUAUGUGAUCACGAGCUGCACGACAUCAACUGUGCCAAGAACAAGGCGUUCUUCCGUGGCUUCAACCUACACCAGGGACUGCCGGAUAUCUAGUAUUACCGGGACUUGUGGUUUCGCUGGUUGUGGGUGUAGGGGAAAUCGUAGGCCCGUGCGCCCUGCGUUCGGACGCGCUCGUGGAGGCACGCUCGACAGGACGAGACUAUGCUGUUGUGUUUGUAGCGCUUUAAGAACAGGGAUCAAGUGACAUUUUGUUGUAUUUUCGUUAGAUUAUCUACAGCGCUUAAGAACAGUUCCACAAAGUUCCUCCUUUGCAAAGAUUCGUUUAAACGGUGUAAGCCUGGAGAAUCACAAAGAAUGAAGUGCAAAUGUUUAUUUAUGUCCUUGUCUGAGGAACUUCUUAAAUGUUCCUGUAUCGUCAGUGACUAAGCAGAGGAAAUCUAAAUACGUUAUGAAAUCGUUUAAAAUUAAAAAAAAUGGAUAUAAUCAUUUGCAAAACUGUUUAUUGCUUCGUUACAACCAACACACCGAUGCGAUAAUAAACGAAACGUCUGUUUAUGGGCACACCGGAAAAGAAAGCCCGCAUACAGGUGCUAGAAUGUGAAGCGUUAACAUAGGGAUAAACAGUCGUCGAGCAAUGUAAGAUGUAAGAUGUAAGAGGUUAGAACUAACAACACACUAGUGCAGAAACUGAACGUAAUUAGAAUAGCCCUAGUGGAUAGCCGGUAGCCGAUAUAGUAUUGUAAAAGUGAAACCGCGUUGAACAUAAAUAAAACAAUCGAGUUUUUUACGGGAUGACCAAUUUA